GGCAGCCGUGGCCUUGGGGCUCCCGGGAAGGGGGAGCUCUCGGGGGCGCACGGCUGGAGCCCGACUCGCGUCGGAGCCGCGCGGUGUAGCCGCUGUCAUGUGCCGGGUUCCGAGCCGGGGGCGGGGGGCGGCGGAGAGCGAGCGUGAUUGCGCUCCCUUUUGUGUCGGAGCCCGCAUUGGCCGCGUCAGGCAGCUGCUCGAGUAGCGGCCAAACUUGCAGCUGUUCCGACCGCGCUCCGCCGAGCCCCCACGCCGCCCCUGAGCUGGAGGGAUGGAGAACUCAUCCGCCGCGUCGGCCUCGUCUGAGGCUGGGAACAGCCGCUCCCAGGAGAUCGAGGAGCUGGAGCGCUUCAUCGACAGCUAUGUGCUGGAGUACCAGGUGCAGGGGCUGCUGGCUGACAAGACGGAGGGAGACGGCGAGAGUGAGCAGACACAGUCCCACAUCUCCCAGGAGGAAGCGCUCAAUGGUGGACCACCCAUGAAAGGCUUAACUGAAGAAUGGACAGCAGACUGCAGUGAGCAGCUGGACAGCAGCUGUUCCUUCUCCCGAGGGCGAGCCCCCCCACAGCAGAAUGGCAGCAAAGACAACUCUCUGGACAUGCUGGGCACGGAUAUCUGGGCUGCCAACACCUUUGAUUCCUUCAGUGGUGCCACCUGGGACCUGCAGCCCGAAAAGCUGGACUUCACCCAGUUCCACCGGAAGCUGAGACACACGCCCAAGCAGCCCCUGCCGCACAUCGACCGGGAAGGGUGUGGAAAGGGGAAACUAGAAGAUGGGGAUGGGAUCAACCUGAAUGACAUCGAGAAGGUCCUCCCAGCCUGGCAGGGCUACCACCCGAUGCCCCACGAGGUGGAGAUCGCCCACACGAAGAAGCUGUUUCGGAGGCGGAGAAAUGACCGAAGACGGCAGCAGAGACCUCCAGGAGGGAACAAGCCCCAGCAGCACAGUGACCACCAGCCGGGCAGUGCCAAACACAACAGGGACCACCAGAAAUCCUACCAGGGGGGCUCGGUACCCCACUCCUCAGGAAGGCCCACCCAUCACGGCUACAGCCAGAACCGGCGCUGGCACCAUAGCAACAUGAAGCACCCACCGGGCGACAAGGGGGAGGCAGGCGCCCACCGCAAUGCCAAAGAGACCGUGCCCAUGGAGAGCCCCAAACUUGAGGACGCCCUGGGGGACACCGGGCACGGCGGCCUUGAGCCCCCCCGCAGCCCUGAUGCCCCCACCUCAGGGGCUCCUGAAAGGCUGCCCCCGCAGCAGCCAGGGGGUCCGGAGGCUGAGACAAAGCGUAAAGACAGUAUUAUUCCCGAGCGCAUCGGGGAGCGGCCCAAAAUUACCCUGCUCCAGUCUUCCAAAGACAGGCUGCGGCGAAGGCUGAAAGAAAAGGUACCGGACGAAGUGGCCGUGGAGACCACCAACCCUCAGCAGAACAAGAUGGACAAGUUGAUUGAGAUCCUGAACAGCAUGCGGAACAACAGCAGUGACGUGGACACCAAGCUCACCACCUUCAUGGAGGAGGCCCAGAACUCGACCAACUCUGAGGAGAUGCUGGGGGAGAUUGUCCGGACCAUCUACCAGAAGGCUGUGUCUGACCGCAGCUUCGCCUUCACAGCCGCCAAGCUGUGUGACAAGAUGGCACUCUUCAUGGUGGAGGGGACCAAGUUCCGGAGCCUGCUUCUCAACAUGCUUCAGAAGGACUUCACAGUGCGGGAGGAGCUUCAACAGCAGGAUGUGGAGCGCUGGCUUGGCUUCAUCACCUUUCUGUGUGAAGUGUUUGGGACCAUGCGCAGCAGCACGGGCGAGCCCUUCCGUGUGCUCGUCUGCCCCAUCUACACCUGCCUCAGGGAGCUCUUGCAAUCUCAGGACGUGAAGGAAGAUGCUGUCCUGUGCUGCUCGAUGGAGCUGCAGAGCACAGGCCGGCUGCUGGAGGAGCAGCUGCCCGAGAUGAUGACCGAGCUCCUGGCCAGCGCCCGCGACAAGAUGCUGUGCCCCUCGGAGUCGAUGCUGACGCGGUCGCUGCUGCUGGAGGUCAUCGAGCUCCAUGCCAACAGCUGGAACCCUCUGACGCCCCCCAUCACGCAGUACUACAACAGAACCAUCCAGAAACUGACAGCCUGACAGCCAGGGGGCCUGGCGGGCGGCCCGCGGGCAGCUGGGGCCCUGGUACACGGGGCCAGAUGGACAGGCGGGAGGACAGGGGUGGCCCUGGCGGGAGAAAGAAAUGGGGAGGAAGCAGGCAGUGCCGGCGGCCGGUCUGGAGCCAGACAGGGCAGGAGGAGCGCCCCUCACCCGAGCCCCACCAGCCCCAAGCAUGUGGCAGCUCACGCCAAUAAGGGAAGCAUGUUUCUUUCUCGCGGUGGCCUCACCCGGUCCCCGCCCGGGCCCCGCCCCCCCCUCCCAGCCUGCGCGUCCCCCCCACCCCCAGUCCCCCACAGGGCUUUGUGCGGGGAGGGGGGGGUGUUCAUCUCCAUGACUCCUUGCCCCCCCCCGCCCCCCUCCCCGCGGCGGAGCCCGCCGGUACCGCCUGGGUCAGAGAGGACCUCAGAAGGCUGAAAAAGUGGGUCGGAGACGGGCUCGCAUUGUUCUUGCUGUCAGCCGCCGUCGCCAACUGGCAGCAGGCGACGUCGAGCAGAUGUCCGGGAGGACAAAGGCAGGCACGGUCCCUACCAGCCGCCCGUAAUUGAAGGCCUUUGUCCGCCAGGGUCGAGCCCGGGGCCGGGGGCUUCUCUGCCCCUCACGCCACACCCUCCUCGCUUCCAGGUCCUGUUCCAUGUGCCCCCCAUCCCCUGCCCCCGGCCCUGUCCCCAGCCUCGGGCCCCAGGGUGCAGUGCGGGGAGGGGAACUGGGGUUGGCGGCUCUCCUUGUCCUCUCGGGUUCAAUGGUUUUAUUUUCGAAAGUCAGCUGCUCUGAAGUCUCCUCUCUCAAGGAGAUGUGAUGACACAGUCAGCGCCACCAGGACCCCCUGAUUAGUAGGACAUCAGACCCGGCCCCUUCUAGAAGAUCCUAGCCACAGACGGCGUGCCAGUAGCCAAUUAGGGUAAUUGGAAACUUCUGACCCAGCAGGAAUCCCGCUGGAGCCCUGUGCUCCUCAGCCCUUGGCUUCCAGCUACCUUCCUCUAGCUGUGCUCUGUCAAAGGGCUGGGACUGUCGUGGGGCCCCAGGGGUACGUUAAACCUCCCACCCCCGCCUGGCCUGGGGUGGGAGUGGGGGGCAUGUGAAUGGGGCACAGGGCAAGGCCGGCAAAUGAAAACCAAAACGCUAGGUGAUGCUGCCCGCAUCACACACGGGUCUGGUCCAAGCUUGGUGGGGGGACAGUUGCCAUGGGGGGCUGCCUGGCACCCCCUGGACGUGGAGCUUAGCUACAGGGGCUGUGUCGCUGGCCUCGCCUCCUCCAGGAGGGAUCUGGAGGCUGAGGCCCCCCACAGCUGGGCGGUGGGUGCUCCAUGAGGGCUCUGGGCCCUGCAGCCCCGGGCUGUGGGCCACGGUGCAUUCACUGAGUCAGGAGCAGGACAGAGGGGACCAGGCAAGGCCGCCAGAUACUCCAAACUCCAGGCUGGGAGCAAGACCAGCGUUUCUUGGAAGGGCCAGGUCCUAAGGAAAACCCUUUCUCUGUGGGAGGAGGGUACAAGGCAGGCUCUAGGAGGAUGGCUUUGGGGUUGGCACAGGCCUCUGCCCAGCCCCGGCUCUGGGGUCUGGACCCCAGCCUUGAUAAAAUUCCAUAAAAAAGGCGUCAGAACCCUGCAGCUUCCCUUCUGGAGGCCGGUCACUCCCUGAGUCACUGGAGGGCCCUGGCUGCCUCGUCCACUUGGGCAGCCAGGGGGUAGGGGCUGGAGGUGUCCUUUUGGGGACACCACUUCUGGGAGAGCAGGCAGGGUGGGGCAGGGAGCAGGCCCCCAGUCCGCCCUGGCUUCCCCCACCAGCUGCAACCUGCCUGCCAGCCCCGGGGUUGGGAGCCUACUGGCCCCAAGGGACACGUCGGGGGGACACAGGUUUCCCUGGAGCGGCUCUGGAGCCUCUGCCAAGAGGCCUAUGCUGGCCGGGCCCCUGGCCUUCGCCUCUUCCCCUCCUCGACUUCUCCUCACAGACUUUCCCCCCUCAGCAGGCCCUUCAGCCCAGCCUGGGCCCAGGGACACCAGGGGCUCUGCGGGAGGCAGGGGGAAGAGCUAGACUGAGGCUCGAGGGCUCAGACAGGGCCCCGGGGACCUAACUCGCAGCCUCGAGUAGUCAGGCCACCCCGCCCAGGCCACCUUGCUGGCAGCCCUCAAAGAACCGUGCAUGUGGGCUGACAUGGGCCUAGCUCCCCGUGGGUGCCGGUGCGAGUGUGUGUGUGCCUGUGUGUGUGUGUGUGUGUGUGUGUGUGUGAGCACAUCUGCUGAGAACAAAGCAGGGCCCUAGAGGAAACAAGAGGCCCAGGGGAAUGGGGUCUGCUGCCCUUUCCGUGGGGCCAAGAGCGAGCAUGCAGGGGUUGAUGCUCCCUGCAGACCAAGACUGCAGCCCUCAGGCCACUGCGUCCUCACGCCCCUUCCUCCUGACGGCCUCCUCAGUGGUCCUGCCCCAUGGCCACCCCUCCUUGACUGUUAGGACCAGAGUAUGAAGAAGUAAGAUAUAAAUAUGUAUACAUAUAUAAAUAUAUUUUUAAUUACGUGUCGUGUCACAGUGGCUCCAGACGUACGGUUUGCCGAGUUUAUCCCACUGCUUGAAAGUGCUUCCUGGCCAAUCCAAAUAACAAUUUAAGCUGUUUUUCUAAAUGCAGGUUGCUGCUACUCUUUGGGAUAUGGAAGGAAAACGUUUAAAAAAAAUUUUUUUUAAAGGAAAUAACAGUAAAGUUUAAAAUCUGUGACUCUGAGGCCGUCUCCCAAGGGAGACCACUCAGACAGGAACCCAGGGGCAGACCCCAGCCCCUCCCCGGGCCAGACACCCCCUUCGGCUGAGCAAGGAAGGCCAUAUCCAAGUUGACCUCUGAAUGUACUCGAUGGGAGGCAAAACUGGAUAUUGCAUUUCUGAGGCUGGCCCCGCGGCUUUCUUGGCGCAGUGAGGAGGCGAGGUCGGCCAUCUGAUGUUGAUCCUGUCUCCGUCUGUCCCCCCUGCCGGUCAAGACCAGAUCGUCAUUGUUUUCCUCUCAGGCGGCCAGCCCGCGCGCUCGCCACAGCCCUGCUCCCCUCGGCUUUGGGGCUUUGCCUGAGCACCAGGACCAUGGCCCCAAGAAGGCUCCUAACCUCCCCGGGAUGAGGUGGGGUUCCCACCAUCCUCCGUGGGGAUGUGCACCCCGAACCCAGUUUCGCCUGUUUGUCCUCCCUCAAUCAGUCUGUAAACCCUCGAGGUUCAGGCACCGCCCUGUCCAUCCGUGUAAAUGUAAAUGUUCGCCGAGUCGGUAUUUAUUCUAACUUUUAUUUUAUUUUAUUUUCUCUGAGGGAUGGGGGUGGGUGUGUGGGAAAUGUACCGCUGAUCACGCCCCAGGCAGCUGUGGGGGGCGGGCACCCAGCCGGCCAGGUCGCAAGGAGCAGCCCCACGGGGCCGCCCCAGACGCCGCCCCGGACGCCGCGUUCCUGUCUCUUCUCUGGCAUCAGGCCCCGGCCAGCAUUGCCCUGUGGACGGACUCUCAGGCCUGCCCUGAGUGCUGCCCCCAGUCCUGCCCCUGCGCUCUAUGGGACCUCUGCCUGGGCCUCGGGAUGCUUGUCGGAGAGAGGACCGCCUCCUCUGCUGGGGCCUGGCGGGAAGGCCUGUGCACCUGGCCGGAGCAGCGGGGCCUGGCUGUGGGGCCUGCCUGCCCGGGGCCGGGGCCGGGGCCGGGGGCUGCCCGCCUGCGCGCAGCAGAAUCCUCCUCACGCGACCACUUACCCUCCCUCGGUAUGUCCUGCUUUCCAGCUGAACCCAAACUACAAGUGGGUUUAAAAAAUAAACACCAAAAAACC